AACAAGAAGAGGCCGACGAAAUGGCAAUUCCUCUUUCUCCGGUCGUUCAUGGGCAUUUUGCGAGAAAACUUAUCGCUGCAUUUAAAAACCAAUUAAACGAAGAAUGCGAACGGCAUAAGGAUUGGAUUUAAGGGCUAGCGAGUGAUGAACAACCAGCGAUAUGGCGGAAUCCAGUGGAUACAGCACCACGUCUCCGCGGGCGACUCCUCCGAGGUGGACAUCCUGGAGUCGGACGGUGGAGCGGGGGCAACGGGCGAGGAUCUGGACCAUAUGGCAGCCGAGAAUCUGAUCUUUAUGGCGCGCGACGGCCAGCUGAGCGAGAUAAUGGCGGCCAACGAGGCGGGCGGAACGGUCCUGGUCACCGCCGAUGGCACCACGGUGGCCUAUGCGGAAUCCUUCGACGACGAUGCCCAAGUGGUCACCGAGGAGGUCAUCACGGACGACUGGGUGCAGCACCAGGGCGCCGAGCGUGUGGAAAUCGCAGCCGAGCAGAUAGCUGGGAUCAGUAGCUCACAGGAACUGCUGGACAUGGAGCAGGAUCAGUAUACUACCCUGAGGCCCUAUCCCUGCGACUUUUGCAGCCGUCGCUUUCGGAAGAAGGCCACAUUGAACAACCACAUGCUGGCCCACCAAAAUGACCGACCACAUCUCUGCAAGCUGUGUGGUGCGCGGUUCUCUCGUCGGGCCGAGCUCAUCAGUCACUUUAAGGCCCACGCAGAGGCCCAAGACGCAGCCGAUGCUGAGGCAGCGGCCGCCGCAGCCGAUUCCUCUUCCGCCAUCAAAUUUGAGCAUCAGUCGCAGCGACAACUGGACGAUCACUAUUACGAGCAGGACUGGCCACUCUACCAGCAGCACCAGCAGCAGCAGGAACAGGAGCAGGCGCAGCAGGAGAUGCAGCAACAUCAUCAGAUCGUGGAUGAGAGCGAGGUUCAGCUGGUGUCUUGCUACCCGGCUACCGUGGUCCCACCUGCAGCUCCGUCGCGGGGCAGAAUCAGUCGGCUGAAGCCCAAGGAGGAGAGCAGCCAGUUCAUCGUGAUUUCCGACAAGCCAGCGGUCACCGAGUUGAGGCAGUACAUGGAGGCUGAUGCGUCUCAGCCUGUGGUCACCACGUCGCAGCCCAUUGCCGUCGACCCGCCUCCUCAACCAAUCUUUCCGGUGCUGGACGACAGCAAACCCUUUGUUUGCCAGCAGUGUGGAUUGGCCUUUGCGCGGGAAAAGGCACUCGUCUCACACACGAAGAACCACCGCGUGGACUCGCCCUUCGAGUGCAACCAGUGCCAGGAAAUGUUCUGGGACAACAACAGCCUACAGGAACACCAGAAGACGCAUCAGUUCGAGGAGAGUAACUCGGAGUACGAUCCUGCCUCGGCAGAGGAUAGCGCCAGCGAAUCGGAAAACGAGGAGCAGUUGUAUGGCGAGUUCUAUUGCUACGAAUGCGGGAUUUCUUUCCACCGCCAGGAUCUGCUUCGACGCCAUGCCAAGAUGCACUACAAGCAAACGGAUCAGGCAGCCGGCGAGAGCAAUUCCGAUGUCACUGCUGGCGGUGAUGUGGAGAUUGCAAAAGAUUCUACGGGUCACUCUUGUACCACAUGCGGAAAGUCCUUCCCCAGCGCUUUGGAGAUGCUCGCCCAUGCCGAGAUCCACGCUCGGUUCCCGCCUUUCAAGUGCGUCCUAUGCGGAGUCAGCUUUUACGAGGAGCAGGCAAUCAAGCGGCACCUGCACACCCGCCACCCCACUGAACUGAAGGCCAACUCAUGUGUGCUGUGCGGCAAGGAGUGCCGCGAUCGCAAGGCUCUGAUUAAGCACGCCUGGGACCAUUCGCGCGAGAAGUGCCAUUCGUGCUCCAAAUGCGGCAAGAACUUCCACAACAAGGCGCGCCUGAAGCGGCACAUGGCCUCGCAUCGCGACAAGUCUGUGGUGUGCGAGGUGUGCCAGGAGGAAUUCCCCGACGGACGAACGCUCUCCAACCACCGGCACUCGCACAGCACCACCUCACCGGGCAAGCUGUUUCCGUGCCACGAGUGUGGCAAGACCUUUGGGUCACGUAGCUCCCAGCAGAUCCACGUCCGCAUUCACACUGGAGAGCGUCCAUAUGGCUGUCGCUACUGCUGGAAGGCCUUCGCUGAUGGUGGCACGCUGCGCAAACACGAGCGGAUCCACACGGGCGAGAAGCCCUACGCCUGUUCAGUGUGUCCGCGUGCCUUUAAUCAACGGGUGGUGCUGCGGGAACACAUCCGCUCCCAUCAUUCUGGUCUGGAUGUGGCGCGAAAUACCUACCACUGCACGGUCUGCUCCGAGGACCUGGCCUCGUCCAAUGACCUCAUCCAGCACCUUAUCCAACACAGUGACUCGAACACCGCCAAACAGCGGCAACCCAUUACGGGGCCGCGCAAGUACAAGCGUCGACGUAAACUGCAGCCGUUCGAGAUUGCUCAUAUGCGUGCAGAGCACAACGAGGCAAACGGCGAAGAGGAGGAGGCCACUGGAGAUGGUGAAGCCGAGGAGUAUGCCAGUGACAUCGACCUUUGCGACUUUGAUGUGGAGAAUGUGGACGAUCUGUUUGACAUGGCCGAGUCGCCCAAGAAGGAGAAGCGAAAGAGGGGAACGACAGCCCCGAAGGCUGAUUCUAAACCCGUGACCAAUGGCAAAGGGGUGAAAGCUGCCCAGGAAAAGAGCAAAGCCAAACCGAGAUAUGACUCCACCAGCAGUCAGCAAUCAGAUCGCAUCUGGGAGGAGAAGUUUAUGCAAGACAGCCAAGUGGCUCUCUUUCAAAUCGAUUCGCUGGUGGUGGUCAACGACACGCAUUUGCAGCCCGCCACCUCCACUGGGUUAGCCGUACCCAACACAAGAGCUGGGGCCAAGCAGCAGGCAAAACUGCAGGCAAAGUCAGCAGAAGGAGCUGGAUCUUUCAACAACUCCGCUGCCACAUCUGUUUCCACAUCGUCUGCCUCCACUUCUAGCAGUCGCAGCAGGAAGAAGGCAGCAACCAACAAGACUGCCAACAAAGCACCACCUGCCAGCAAUUCGCGACCCCGAAUGAUUCACACAGAGAAGGCCAAGGUGACGAGGGGCGCUAGCGGAGACUCCUCUAGCAGUGCGGCUAAGAAGUCGCGCUCCAAGACCUACAUUAGUCGCACGGAGACCAGUAAUCUGAGCCUGGAUAAGUCCCGCAGCAGUGCCUCAAACAUGGUGGAUGACUAUGAGAUAAUUUCUCCAGCCACUCAUCCACCGAAUCAAAUCAGCUCCAGCCCCUUGCAUAUAAAACAGGAACAGGAGCAACAGCAGCGGGUCCAGCUAAUGUACGAUGAUAAUCUGCUGAUAGAUGCUGCUUUACUUAGGGAGAAGACGUAUGAUCUGGAGCAGAUUUUGCGCUCGCCACUGAAACACGAGAGGAAUUCCCGUCUACGCUUUACCAGCGAAUCUUCAAUCACCCCACAGUUUUUGCCCGAGGAAGAGCAAAAUCUGAUCAAGAUCGAGCCAACGUCUCCGGAUUUGCGGGAGAUGGUGGAGAGUCAGCAGAGGGUCACAGCUCAUAGUGGGAGCACUCCGUCGUCGUCCUCCUCCUCUGCCAGAACUUCCAGACAUCUGCGACAGAUCACUGCCAAUGGAACACGGGCAGGAAGCAAAAGAUCUGCGGGAGAUGUGGCCAGCAAAUCGUCACCGGCUCCUGGUGCGGCGUCCAAAAAAGCUAACACUGCCACCAAGGUCAGCAGUAGCUCAUCCUCCUACCUCAGUUAUGGGGUGGAUUCUUACAACGUAAACGUACCUGCCAGCGCCAACAAUGCCGAUGUGGGUGGUGGAUUCUUUUCCAUCUCGGAGGUCGUGUCAGCAGCCGACGCCGCGGAUGCGGCUGCGAAGGCAGCGGCAGCUGGUAAAUCGGAACGGAAAACCCGCAGCUUCGAGUGCGAAAUGUGCUCGGCCAUCUUUUAUGAUCGAGCCCAACUUCUGGAACAUGUACACAUCCACAUUUAGAUGGAAGCUACCCUAACCACUCGCCCGAAGACUUGUAUUUUUGAAACAUCUUAUCCUAAUAUACACAAAUAAUCGGAGUAACUUACCUCAUGGUAUCGAGCAUCGAAAAAUAUCGUUGAUUUAUGCGUUAUUUAAAAACUGAACAUAAAUAUAUAUUGUAGAGAGCAUAGUUCGUAAGGCUUUUAAGUUUGUACCUCAGCUUUUGUUUUGAAGAAUUGGUAUGCUGGAAUAAAUACAUCAUUAAAUGGUUUUUCAUUGCCUUAAA